UGAGUCGGAGGAAAAACCGAACGUUGUCCACACACCACAGUUUAGUUUAGUUUACGGUGCUGAGCGAAGCGGUUGAAGUGAUUGAAAAUUUUGAAAUCUAUCAAGUUUUCAAGCAACAACAAAACAAAAACAAGAAAAAAAUUACAGAAAUACAAUUUGUUUUCUAAAACUAUAAGAAACAAAUGCAAGAGAAAGAAAAAAACAAGAAUUUAAAAAAAUAUUAAAACGAAAAUUGAAAACGGUUAAAAUUUGUAAAUCUUUAAAUAAAGUGAUUUUUAAACGGUUAAAACGAAAAAUUGUACUAAACGAAAUGUUAACGUUUUUCUAGGUUGUUAAAAAAAAGUGUGCGUAUUUCGGGUUUUCUUCAUAACAAACAAAUCAUAACUAGUUUCUAUACGAAAAAAUUAACAAAAAAAAAAGGUUUUUUUUUCUAAUCAAACAAAAUCAACAAAAACGAAAAGCAAAAAUUAAAUAACGAAAAUAAAACAACAAAAAAUAAAGAUAUUUUGUUAAUACUAUUGGAUUAAUCAUCAACAGCAGCAGCAGCUUCAGCAUCAUCAUCCUCAUAGGCGUCGUUCAAAUCUCCAUCCAUUAUUGGACUUCGUUUAAUUUCUUGUGGAUUUGAAUUUUCGUAUAUAUUUCUCUUUCGCCGUGGAUUAUGUUUAUCUUAUUAUCAACAUGUUGGUAUAAUUCCAUGCAAACAAGUGCUGUAUUUGGCACUGUUUAAGACAAAUAUUUCCAACGAUUGUGUUGCAUUCAAAUAACGAUGCAGCAUGCGAGCGUUUUGUACUGUCAGCGCGCCAUUAGAAGUAUGCGCGUCCUCGGCCGAACAGCUGUCACCGGGCUCAAGAUUUCUAGCAUUAAGACUUCUAGGCAAUCAACAACCCAAAACCUUAUACUUCCUAGUCGAUGCCAAGAGUCGAGUCAGAGAAGUGUACACACAGACAUGUCUACAUUUUGCCACACAAGGCAUGCUCGAUACCGAACUUUUCGGUUUAGCGGUUUUGAUAGAUGGCGAAUACAUGUUUGCCGAUCCCGAGAGCAAACUUUCAAAAUAUGGUCCAAAAAGUUGGCGUUCCUCGCACACACAUGGUCUAGAUGCCAAUGGCCGACCCCUGCUGGAGUUACAUUUUCGGGUGCAAUUCUAUAUCGAAAGUCCGUUUAUAUUGAAAGAUGAAACAACGCGACACAACUACUAUCUCCAAUUAAAAUACAAUGCUCUGCAGCGUGACAUACCUCGUGAAUAUGCCGAACAAUCGAUGGUACUCUUGGCUGGUUUGGCAUUGCAGGCGGAUUUGGGAGAUGUACCCUGCGGCGCUGUUGGCGGCAGCGGCGGCGGCGGCGGCAGUGCAAGUGGCAAUAAUAGUAGCUCCUGUGCCCUUGAUGCUAAAUCUUCCAGCGAUAGCGGCGUUCAAGGUGAUGUUCAGGGCAAAACGGAAAACACAUCCUCCAACAGCCUGGCAGGAGAUGGCAAAAACACAAAGGCUUCCACUAAUACCAGCAACACAACCACUACAACAACUUUGCCAAAGAUUAGUAAACGUGCUAACAUGGUAAAUGAAAGGGUUCUGCGUUUGUCCAGUUACAUGGCCUCCACAAGGGAGAACAUCACCGGCAUGGAUGGCUUGAAAAGGGUUUUGGCCGGAUCUUCCAGUGUUGCGGGCAAAAAUCCUCUAUCACCUUCCUCUUCCACCUCCUCGAUAAGUCGUGGGCCCAGCAAUGCUUCUACCAAUGCCUCAUCGGUCUCCACCAAUGCCAGCAGUUCCAACUCCUGUACGGAUUAUUUUCGCCUAGAGGACUAUUUGCCCGAACACUUGAGAACCGUGUGGGCUGCUAGCGCUUUGAGGGCUUGUCAUCGCGAAAAUCGUGGUCUAUCCCAAGCUGAUGCGGAACUCCAUUACAUACAGCAGGCCUGUCUGGUAAAUGAGUGCAUCAAUGCCCAUACCUUUCGCAUGCGCAUGAGCAAGACCGAAUUGGGUCCCGGCAAUUCAUGGUUUGUGGUCUAUGCCAAGGGCAUCAAAAUAUUCGGUGUUGGCACCGGACCCGAUGGCCAGCAACAACAGAUCACCUUCCUGUGGCCCAAUAUCACAAAACUCUCCUUCGAGCGCAAGAAAUUCGAGAUAAGAUCGGGCGAGAGUAAAAUCACCCUCUAUGCCACAUCGGAUGAGAAAAACAAAAUGCUGCUGACCCUGUGCAAGGAGACGCACCAAUUCAGCAUGAAAAUUGCGGCCAGACUUAAGGAGGUCAUUAAGCGCGAGGAAGAGGAAAGCAAUUGCCUGCACGCUUGCUAUGCCUAUUCGCGUUCUCUGCACUUGCCAACCUACAAGAAUAAGAAUGACCAGCGGAUAUCGGUUAUAUCCAGCACCAGUUCCAACACCACCUCGGGCAUCGUCAGCGAUCGUGUGCACUCCGAAGAUGAGCUUGAGAUCAUGAUCAACACACCGCCAGCACCUAUUGCGGCUCCCUCGACGGAAAGCUUGGCUUUGGCCCAUCUGUUGGAUCGACCCAGUGUUAGCAGGCAGACGUCGUCAGUGGGACAGGUUUCCCUCAAGGAUUUGGAAGAGCAGUUGGCUGCUUUGACUGUGAGGCAGGCACAAAAGCAAAGGGAGUCACCCACAGAGCUAAGCAACUCGUCAUCGACGGGAAAUUCCACAUCGACUAGUGGUUCAUCGGUGCCCAUGGCCGCCAGUGGGGGUGGAGGACAGCGUAACAAUACCGACUCCUCCACAGAUUCGCCUUCGUCUCAGCAUAACAUAGGCUCUCAAUGCUCUUCGACUUGCAGCACUGUGGUAGUGGCCUCAUCCACAGCAGAUAACAGCACUUCCUUGGCCACUCUGGCAGUAAGAUCUGGACUAAAUGCCAGCGAUUCCAGCCACCACCAGAGGAAGAACUCCACCUCCUCCAGUUUGGAACUGGGCUUUAGCCACACUGCGCAAAAUUCCACUUUGAGUGAGGCAGAAUCCACUUGCAUUGAUCACGAUUUCCUUCCCUCCAAUAGGGAUGAAACUGAAAGUGUUUCGGGGGUUUACACCCUAGCACAUGCCGUAGCUCCCACCGAGACUUCGGGAGUGUACACCAUGCACAGCAGUGAAAUGACUGGACAAUCAUCUGAAAUGGCCGAGUCCGAGAAAAGUUCCCACUAUGGUAUAUUCCAACCGGGCAAUAAUGCCAUCAUAGCAGAAGAUCAUAAGCUACAGGAUUCGGUGGAUGGUGGCAAUUAUCGUGGCAAGCGUCUGAAGAACUCCGAUUUUCGUUUACGCUCGGACUCCAAUGUCAGUACCAGCGACUCCUUUAGGGGCGAUGGCAGUGAUCCCACAGACAAUAAACACAACCUACUCUCGGCCGAAGAGUUAACCGAGUUGAUUGUAGGUCGCGGCUCCUAUCCCAAUCGUAAAACUGUCUCCAAUACCUUGGACUCAGAUUGUGAUUAUGUCACUUUGCCUCUGUCAAUGUCAGGAGAGUCCUACAUUCAGGGACACCAAGACACGGCGCCAACCGAAGAUCACGUGGAGGACUUGAUAAGUGAUUUAUUGCCCACAGAUCCUCCAGCACCACCCAAGCGAGUCGACAGUAAUAUGCCCAGCCUAAGCAACAUACAAAUGCGCUCGCCGCCACCCUAUAACGCUAGGCAUAAGACCACUGGCUUAUGCGGCCCACCCAUCAAACGGGCAUCGCUAACCACCGCAGCUGCACCUACAGCAAACCACAAUGCAUUGCCUCCCACAGCAGUAGUGAAAACUGCUCCCAAUCAAGUGCCAUUAACCACAACAGAGACAAAGUCUUUGCCAAAAAUAAUCAAUGUGCCUAAGGCCCCCCAACCAACAGUGCCUGCUACAACAGCGGUGGCCACCCAUACGACUAGCUUACCGCCACCCACCACCAUAGCUCCUGCAGUCAUAAAACGCAGAAACCCACCUCCCUAUCCAUUGCCCUCGAAACCGCGACCCACUUCACUGGUGUCGGUGGCCUCUUCGAGCUCCUCCCUCAAUCAGUCUGCGGGCAAUGGCUUGGUCAACGCUGGCGGUUCAAUGACUUCCCUGAAAUCCGAAGAGAUCACCGCCCGUUUUAUAACUACCCGGCCGCAGAUUAAUAUUCUCAAGGCACACACUUCGCUGGUGAAUGAGAAUGCCAAGCCCAGCUAUGCGGCGCCUACGAAUUGUUCGUCAGCGGCCUCAUCCACGGGCUCGGUAUGCAGUCAUCACAUACCCAGUCACUUGUCACAACUCUCGGUUCCUAAUUCAAAUUAUGUCAGUGGAUCACAGGCCUCAUUAAGUAUGCACCAGCUACAUGCAGCCGCCGCAGCUGCCGCCGUCUCCACGCCCACAACACCCACACAUUCUACAUCGAUGUCAGUCACAUCGAUGGCCCAUCAACAUCAGGCUGCAGGCGUGCUGCCCACCUCAAUGGGCAUACCAUUGCAUCAUCCGUAUAAUUUGCAUGGCGGUCACAAAAGCAUGUCGUCGCUGCAUCAUCAACAGCCACCACCGCCGCCGCCACCAUAUCCGGCUGAAUUGAAGCAACCAGCACCUAGAACAUGUGUUCUCUUGCCGGUGAUUAAGCCUAGGCAAUAUUUACCACCACCACCGCCGAGCCUGCCCAGGCAGCCGCCACCUCCACCGCCCACACAAUUGGCCAGCCUGUACACCACACCGCUGGCCCACAAACAACUGGAAUUGUACCAGCAACAGCUGUAUAGCGAUGUGGACUAUGUCAUAUAUCCCUUGCAGGAUCCAGCAGUGAGCCAGCAAGAGUACUUAGAUGCCAAGCAGGGAUCCAUGCUGGCGGCAAUGGCUCAAACACCGCCACCGCCACAUGCCCACCACCAUCACCAUCCCUAUUUGGCGGCAUAUCAUCAUGCUGCGGCGGCCUCACAGGCCUAUGAGGCAUGCAAGGGUCAUGCCAUCUAUCGCAGCACACCCUAUCUACCCUUGGCCCUUACCACGCAUUCACGUUAUGCUUCGACACAGAACCUUUCGGAUACCUAUGUCCAAUUGCCAAGUGCCUAUUCACCCAUGUAUAGUCCUUCGAUGGCCAGUAUUUGUUCCUCAUAUGAGCCACCACCACCGCCACCCCUACAUCCGGCGGCAGCAAUGGCAGUAAAUACGGCGGCAACUACGGCCACCCCUUUGUUUGCACGAUCACGUUCAGAUGAUAACAUACUGAAUACGCUCGAUUCGUUGCCGAAGGUAAAGCGCUUGCCGCCGCCACCACCACCCCCGUAUGUGGAUAGGCGUUUGAAGAAACCACCAAUGCCGGCGCCAACAGAAAAACCGCCACCAAUACCCUCAAAACCCAUGCCCAGUUUGAAUAGUGGUGCCUCCAUGAGCAUGGCCCAGGACUCCACCUCCUCCUCCUUGUCAUCGUCUUGCUUUCGCAAUAGCCAAUUGCCACCACGCAAGCCAGUCACCUUGAGUGUUCCUCGUGGCAUUAGUCACAUGACCAAAACCUCAAGUGGAGCGCAAUGGGCUGGCGAAAGGCCAAGGCAUGAUUUUCUGCUGGGUCGCAGCCAAGAGACAAAUAUUAUUGCCCAACUGCAGGCCUCAGUGCAGGCGGCCAAGCAACAGGCUAGUCGCACAUCGGCAAAUGCAAAUGGACAAACAAAAAAUGGUGGAACUCCACCCAGCGAAUUUGACCUGGCCUUGCUAAGGGAGAAAAGUAAACAUUUGGAUUUACCCCUAAUAUCGGCGCUAUGCAAUGAUCGCUCCCUUAUCAAACAGACAAAAGUAAUGUCACCAGCCAAGGCAACGAAACAAUCGGGAGGUAGCAGUAGCUCAUCCAAUGGUUCAACACCACCAGCCAAUAACCUAAACGAAAUGAAUGGCAAUGGCACAGCCACAGUGGUGAUAAAUAAUACAGCCACUAUGGGCAGUAAUUCGUCGCCCUCAUCCUCGUCAUCGUCGGCGGCCUCGCCUAUGGCUGGCAAAUCCUUGAACUCCUCCAAUACCUUGGCCAAGACACGCAAAACCUCAAUAUCACAUCGUCAUCCCAAUGACAAAUUGCCCCCAUUGCCCAUGCAAUUGGCUGAAGCCAACAAUUAUGUUAUGGAUCCGGCUGUAUUGAAACAUCAUAAAAGCUAUAAUUCUCAUACCUAGGCAAAAGGAAGCUGGCUAAUUCCUAGCUGAAACUCGGUGGCUACAAACAACAACAACAACAACAACUUGAGCAAAUUUCAAGGUUUCAUCAUAAUAACAGAGAGCUAAAGCGGAGUGCGAUACAACUCCCCAAUGAAAGGUAUUCGUUUUUGUUAAUAGUAGAUUUCUGACAAGCAAAUAAAGGUCAUCCCGGCUUGUGCUCCCCCUUCACCCUUUAUACAAAACUCCCGAGUUUCAAACUAAGGGUAUUUUAUCAAAAAAAGAGUAUGUCGUAGUACUUUUUCUUUUUGUGUUUUUGCUUACAUUAACCAUUUAAAGUAAUUUAUUUUGAGAAAAAAAAACGAAUGAGCAAAUAUUAUGAUUUUAUAAAAAUAUUCAAUUUCAAUCUUCAACAAUGGUGGAAUAUUGAACGAUUUAACAAAUUCUUUGUAAAUUAUUGGAGA